UCUACUUUUCUUUUUUUCUUCCGGGAAAACAAGCAACUAAAAAGUAAGAUGUACGGAUUCGAGCGCGUAAGCAACACGAGUGGCAGCAAGGCCGAUGAGAUCGAUCUAGAGUCAGGGGAGACUUUAUACCCUGGACUCACCUACGGCGAGAACCAGCUCCGCUGGGGCUUUAUCCGCAAGGUUUACGGCAUCCUGGCGGCCCAGCUGAUUCUAACCACCGUCGUCUCCGCCUUCGUCGUUUUGUCGGCUCCGGUCAACGAUCUCCUCCGUGGAAAUUCCGGCCUCUUACUCUUCCUCUGUUUAAUCCCCUUCAUCUUGUUAUGGCCGUUGCAUGUCUAUCACCAAAAGCACCCUGUGAAUUUGGUUAUCCUCAGCCUCUUCACUGUGUCACUGAGUCUCACAGUGGGUGUGAGCUGUGCUAAUACCGAUGGAAGAACUGUGCUUGAAGCGCUAAUAUUGACAGCAGCAGUGGUUGCAUCUCUUACUGGCUACACUUUCUGGGCAUCGAAGAAGGGCAAGGACUUUAGCUAUCUCGGACCCAUUUUGUUCACCAGCCUUAUUGUCCUUAUCUUAACUGGUGUAAUCCAGAUGUUCUUCCCACUUGGACCAGCAUCUACAGCUGUUUAUGGUGGAAUAGGUGCCAUGAUUUUCUGUGGGUAUAUAGUGUACGACACCGACAACCUGAUCAAACGUUUCACAUACGAUGAUUACAUAUUGGCCUCAGCCACUUUGUAUUUGGACAUCCUGAAUUUGUUCAUUUCCAUUUUACGGGUCCUGAGAUCCGGGGAUAACUAGUUAUACACCGUUUCUCUUAAGGUGGACUGGGAAAGAACCGGAAGUUAUUGCCUGAGGAACAGGAAAAAUAUUACCAGACUUGAAAAAUUCUUGUAUUUGUGCCAUGUUUGACUUUACUCGCCACAACUAAGCUGGUUGCACAGUUGUUUUUCAAAUGAAUAUGGAAUAUGCUUAUGCUUCCUUUAUUUGCUGCA